CUCUUUUUCUCCUUCUUCCCCCCUCCUCGUUUCCCUCCUCAAUCACAACAACGUGUGGCAGCCGAAACAAGAAAAAAGAACCCUCGAGAAAGUCAAGCUUCCUUCGAAAUCAAGGCGUCGUUCUUGAGAAGUAAAAUGGUUGGGCAGGGUGCAAAGGCUGAAGAUUUGGAAUUGUGCUUUCAGAAGCUUGUGGUGUUUGGCGGUGGAAGAGAGAAGAUGGGAGGAGGAGCCGUGAUGACUGGUUGGAAGGACCUUCCAAUGGAGCUUUUGUUGCGGAUUGUAUCACUUGUUGACGACCGGACAGCCAUCAUAGCUUCAGGAGUGUGUACUGGGUGGAGAGAUGCUAUUUGCUUAGGGCUCACCCAUCUCUGCCUCUCAUGGUGCAAGGACAACAUGAACAAUCUUGUGCUUUCAGUUGCCCCCAAAUUCACGAAGUUGCAGACCCUAACAUUGCGCCAAAAUAAACCACAACUCGAGGAUAGUGCUGUUGAGACAAUUGCAAACUGCUGUCAUGACCUGAAGGACUUAGACCUCAGCAAAAGUUUCAAGCUUAGUGACCGCUCAUUAUAUGCCUUAGCACAUGGGUGUCCCAACCUUACCAAGCUCAACAUCAGUGGUUGUUCAGCCUUCAGUGAUUCUGCUCUUGUAUAUCUGACAGGCUUUUGCAGGAACUUAAAAUACCUGAAUCUUUGUGGAUGUGUAAGAGCAGCAACUGACAGAGCCUUGCAGGCUAUUGCGUAUAAUUGCAGUCAGUUGCAGUGUCUGAAUCUUGGAUGGUGCGAGGGUGUCACUGAUGCUGGAGUUACUAGUCUAGCAUAUGGAUGUCCAGAUCUCAGGGCUCUGGAUCUCUGUGGUUGUGUUCUUAUAACAGAUGAGAGCGUGAUUGCUUUAGCAAACAGGUGCCACCAUCUCAGAUCCCUUGGCCUGUACUACUGUCAGAACAUUACAGAUAGAGCUAUGUAUUCCCUGGCCAACAGCCGAGUAAAGGGCAAGCAUAAUCUGUGGAAGUCUGUGAAAAGUGGGUACAAUGAUGAAGGGCUCAUGAAUCUAAAUAUCAGCCAGUGUACAGCUCUCACCCCACCAGCUGUUCAGGCAGUGUGUGACUCAUUCCCUGCACUUCACACCUGCCCAGGGAGGCAUUCCCUCAUCAUAAGCGGCUGUCUCAGCCUAACAUCCGUUCACUGUGCAUGUGCCAUCCAAGCACACCGUGCGGUGAACACCCUGCCUCAUCCGGCACACUGAAUCAAAGAAAGGGGAAAUGUAAAUACGAAGACAAGACCCAUUCCAUUGUAGAUAUAUGAUGGCUUUUGCUUGUAGCCUGUAGGAGUUAGUAGUGGCUUUUGCUUGUAGCCUGUAGGAGUUAGUAGUGGCUUUUGCUUGUAGCCUGUAGGAGCUUAGCUUAGCAAACUCACAAGUUGCAGUAGCAACUUUGGUUUCCAUUGUCAGCUUCUGGAUGUCAAAAAGAUUUCAAGAAGACUACUUAUGUUUAUUUGCUUUGUUUAUGUGCUUCUCAAUGUGAAUGACAAAGCUCAAUUUCCAAAUUC